AUGACGAUAACAAUAGAAGACCGCCACCGCCGCCGCCGCCGCCGCCGGCCGGAGGAUGUCAAUUUCCCGACUCCACGACCAUCAAGAAUCUGCUUUUCCUACGCCGCCUAUGCCAAGAAUUUGAUCCACCAUCUCCGCGCCACCGAUAUUCCGGUGGCGGCGGGCCUAUCGGAAUCCGAAUUCGCCGCCGCGGAGGCGGCUUACGGUUUCACAUUCCCGCCGGACCUCCGCGCCAUCCUCCGAGAAGGCCUUCCCGUCGCGCCGGGAUUCCCCAACUGGCGGUCGUCGUCCAGACAGCAGCUCGAGAUUCUCACGGCUCUGCCGGUCCGGGGAAUCUGCAUGGAAGUUUCUAGAAACCGAUUCUGGACCGGAAUUUGGGGCGACCGGCCGGAGUGCGACGAACGCGCCGUCAGAUUGGCGGAGGACCGCCUGAGAAUUGCGCCGCCUCUCGUUCCGAUUUACCGGAGCUUCUACAUUCCGGCGACGCCGCGCGCGGCGGGGAAUCCGGUGUUCUACGUCCGCGGCGGCGACGUCCGCCUGUGGAGUUUCGAUGUCGGGAGGUUUUUCCAGAGAUCGGAGUUCGGAAUCUCCGGCGGCGGCGGAGAGGAGGUUUUGAGGCGGCCGGCGCCAUCGUUGAAUUGGUUGAGCUCGCCGGCGUGGGCGGCGACGGAGGCGCGUCGGAUAGAGUUCUGGACGGAAGUGGCGGAGAGAGGGGGAAACAAGGCGGCGCGUGAGGAGACGCGCGGGUGGUGGGAUGGGGAAUUGGGGGGUUGUUUGGAGGAGGUGUGUUGGCGGUUGAGGGAAGGGGGGUGGAGGGAGGAGGAGGUGCGGGAGAUGGUGAUGAUGGACGGCUGCGAUGAGCGCGAUGGCGGAUGCGAUGGGCCGUUGGAUGAAGGACAUGUGGCGAGGAGGAUGACGGUGCUGUCGGAGAGAUUAUUGAGUGCGGGAUGGAGCAGGGAAGAUGUGGUGGACUCGCUUGGCUGUCCGCACGAUGGUCUGCUGAAUAAGGAAUCGGACGGCCGAUGUUGA